GAACAAUAUUAUACUUGCGCCGACAUUAUCUGCAGCCACCCUAACAGCACUCUGCUGGCCGACAACCAUUCCACCUGCUCCGGGACACCCCCCUCCCCCCGGGCUCCGUCUCGGGAGUUUGGUCACCGCCGGCGCACCGUGCCGGUCUUCACAAACCGCCGGUUUCGGCUCCGGGCAAAUACCUUCCCAGCUCUCGCGCCGACAUGGAGCCCCAAAUAUCGAAGCUGGGCACCAAGUCCGCGCUAUGGCUCCUGUUCGCGAGCUUUGCGCGAGAUGCGGUCGCCCACCCCUACCCUAGAGACGACUUGCAUGCGGCCGGCUAUGGCUACCUCAUGCCCCGCGGGUGCCAUCAGUACUGCGGUUACAACAACAUGUUUUGCUGCGAGGAGGGAACGGAGUGCUACACAUACGGCGAAUAUGCCGGCUGUUCGUCAACGGCGGGUGGUGGCUGGGCUCGAUUCACGACGACGUGGACCCUGACCCAGACAUUCACAAGCACUUACGAUUCUUGGAUCCCGGCCACGACCGCCCCGCCCGGCUCCGAGGAGUGCGUGCCCCCCGAAGGGUCGGGCUGGAUCGCCUGCGGCAAGAUCUGCUGCGCGAGCUGGCAGUACUGCGCGAGCGAGGACCACUGCGUGGCCAACCCCGGCGCCGGGCCCGCGCCCGAGCCGGAACCGACCACCGUGACUAGCGGAGAGGAGACCCUCACGACCGGAUUCAGCGCGCCAUACCGGGUGACAAGCGGUACCCGGACCGCGACGGCGACAACAGCGACUAAUUCGGGUGCUUUUUCGACCACGACAGGCGCGGUGAGCCCGGGAGGCUCUGACGGCGGGCUCAGCGGCGGCGCCAUCGCCGGCAUCGUCGUCGGCACCAUCGCGGGCGUCGCCCUGCUCUUGCUCAUCUGCGCGUGCUGCGUGGCCCGCGGAUUGUGGCACGGCCUACUCGCCAUCUUUGGCCUCGGCAAGAAGGACGAGACCUCCGAAGAGGAGCGCUACCAACGGCGCGGCUCGCACGCGCACCGAGAGAGCCACGGCUCGUGGUACGGCGGUCGCCCCAGCUCGGCGGCCGCGCGGAAGGAGAAGAGCAAGGGCAAGGGCUUGCUGGGCCUGGGUGCCUUCCUCGGCAUGCUGGCGCUGCUGCUGGGGCUGAGGAGGGAAAAGAGGAAGGAAGAGGUGCGCAGCAGGAGCAGGACCAGGAGCGGAACCAGGAUCAGGAGCGACGUUAGCAGCAGCUACUCGUCCGAGUCAUACACCGUUACCAGUCCGAGUAAGCAAACCCCCGAACUGUCCUCCCCAACCUUUAUAAUAAGUCCAAGACAGUCCUGGCUAAUGCACCCCCGACAGGCUCGAGAAGCAGCGACAGACGAACCCGCCACACAAGACAUAGCAGGACCCCAAGCAGAGUGACGCGGACGACCCACACCCACACCCGCGUGUCGAGGUCGAGACCGCCAUCAACAAGGUCGCAACGGUCCCCCAGACCAUGAUGAUUGAUUGAUUUG